AUGGUGAAGCUGUUCAUUGGAAAUCUGCCCCGGGAGGCCACAGAGCAAGAGAUCCGCUCACUCUUCGAGCAGUACGGGAAGGUGCUAGAAUGUGACAUCAUUAAGAACUAUGGCUUUGUGCACAUAGAGGACAAGACGGCCGCUGAGGAUGCCAUACGCAACCUGCACCACUACAAGCUGCACGGAGUGAACAUCAAUGUGGAAGCCAGCAAAAAUAAGAGCAAAGCUUCAACCAAGUUACAUGUGGGCAACAUCAGCCCCACUUGUACCAACCAAGAGCUUCGGGCCAAGUUUGAGGAGUAUGGCCCAGUCAUCGAAUGUGACAUCGUGAAAGAUUAUGCCUUUGUACACAUGGAGCGGGCAGAGGAUGCCGUGGAGGCCAUCAGGGGCCUUGACAACACAGAGUUUCAAGGCAAACGAAUGCACGUGCAGUUGUCCACCAGCCGGCUUAGGACUGCGCCCGGGAUGGGAGACCAGAGCGGCUGCUAUCGGUGCGGGAAAGAGGGGCACUGGUCCAAAGAGUGCCCGGUAGACCGUUCGGGCCGCGUGGCUGACUUGACUGAGCAGUAUAAUGAGCAGUAUGGAGCAGUGCGCACGCCUUACACCAUGAGUUAUGGGGAUUCGUUGUAUUACAACAACACGUACGGAGCGCUCGAUGCCUACUACAAGCGCUGCCGUGCUGCCCGGUCCUAUGAGGCAGUGCAGCUGCAGCUGCGUCUGCAUAUAACUAUGCAGAGCAGACUCUGUCCCAGCUGCCACAAGUCCAGAACACAGCCAUGGCCAGUCACCUCACCUCCACCUCUCUCGAUCCCUACAAUAGACAUCUGUUGCCGCCUUCAGGAGCUGCUGCUGCUGCAGCAGCAGCUGCUGCUUGUACUGCAGCUUCUACUUCAUAUUACGGGCGGGAUCGGAGCCCCCUGCGUCGUGCUGCAGGCCCAGUCCCCACUGUUGGAGAGGGCUACGGUUACGGGCAUGACAGUGAGUUGUCCCAAGCUUCAGCAGCCAUGCGGAAUUCCCUGUACGACAUGGCCCGGUAUGAGCGGGAGCAGUAUGCGGAUCGGGCGCGGUACUCAGCCUUUUAAAGUUUGAGGUGGGAUGUGUGUGGGCUGAAAUUCCAAGCUGCGGUUGUGCAUGAGAAUACACCCUUCGUGGUACCCCAUCUCCGGGACGUUCUCGGCUCUGUGCGUUCAGUCCCUCAGGAACCAUGGACCUUAAUUUACUUUGUUAAGUUGAGACUUUGUUUUUUCUAUUCUCUUUGCUGCUCAGUUUUCUGUUCUCCUGUUUAUUCUUCUGUAGCUUCUUCCCAUUCAUGCUCUGUUCUCCCAGCAUGCCGCCUCUGCAGAAACUGGUGGUGGCUGUGCUCUCUCUUCCCUGCCUCCUGACUAUAGUGCGUAUUGGAUUUGGGGAUGACCUUACUGAGAAUCACUGCUCCAGGUUUUCUUUUUUUUUUUGGCCCAAAGGCUAGUCCUAGAGAUUUGGAUCCCUUUCCAGUGAAAUAAAUGGUUUUUCAAAUUAGGGUA